AUGCUUGUUCGAAGUCAGCGCGGUAUCAACAGUUGGAGUUCACUGAAGCAGGCGUUAAAAAAUGAUUUUGGAAUUGUUGUAUCGUCAAUAGAAAUUCAUCGCACACUACGAAAUCGUCGCAAACGCCAAGGGGAAGAUUUCAUGGAAUAUCUCUAUAGCUUGAUGGAGAUCGGCAAGUCGAUAAACUUGGACGACACCAGCUUGAUAGAGUAUUUCAUUGAAGGCAUUCCGGAUUCCAGGGCGGGUAAAGCAAAUUUGUACCAGGCUAAAACCGUAAAAGACCUAAAGGAGCAGGUGAAGGUUUACGAAAAAAUCAAAGUUCCCGUUUCAAAAUCUCAAUUCGUCAACGCAAACAAAACGUCGUCUACGUCAUCAAACAUAGCUUCGUCGAGUUCAGGCAGUUCAGCGAAAAAAUGCUACAAUUGCGGAGAUGAUUCACAUUUUGUUAGGGACUGUCCACGCAAAAAGGUGAAAUGUUUCAAAUGCGGUGUAGAAGGUCACCGAGCAACAGAGUGCGCUACAGUUGAAAAGUUAGUUAAGAAGGAGAAAAGCGCAAAUAUGAUGAAGACAAAAGCAGCAGUAAAGCCCAAUAAGAGAAGCAGUUUAACUUUCAAGGACAUUUGGAUGAAUGGAGUAUGUGUUUCGGCAUUAAUUGAUACGGGUGCAGAUGUAUGUUUGAUGCGAUACGAUACACUAUUGAUGUUAGACUUGGACGUAAAGCUGACAAAGGAAAGAGUAUGCUUGGUCGGAAUUGGGGACAGUGAACUUACAACAAUAGGUAGCUUCUCCAUCCGCAUUGAAGUUGAUGGCAUAUGGUUAGAAAUGAAAUUCCAUGUUGCCAAAGAGACUGAUUUGAAGUAUGCUCUAGUAGUAAUUGGCAACAACAUUUUGAAGGAUGUCGAUCUAAUUGUGACCGAGGAUGGUGCGGAGUUCAGACAAAAAGAAGCAGGAAAACAACUACGUAAGGUGCAACAACUGGCUGAUAAGCAUAGCGAGAAAAGCUCAGAUGGUGCUGAUGCUAUGGAGCAUGCAGCUGAAGCCGUCGAGCUGGAGACUAAGGUCAAGGGUGAGCACAAGCAGGUGCAAAAGACUGUGAGCCGAAACAGUGGUAUGCAAAAGGCGGUGGCUUUAGAGCACAGCGAUUACGUGAGCGGGCGCGCUGCUGUGGCUGAGGAGCCACGUGAGCAUCCACCAAUGUGGAACGCUAUGGAGAAGCCGUAUAACGAAGGCGCAAGGAAGAGCGCUGUUAUAUCAGGGAAAUCAGUGACAGUUGCGGGCGAAAAUCGAGUUGUCCAGCUGAUGAAGGAGUUCGGUGAAUUAUGUCUGGUCGGAAGCAUAAACGAGAAGGCCGAUGUUGAAGUGAACGUAUCCCACCAACAAGUAGAACAGGCAGAUGCGGUAAAAGAAAUGGUUGGUGCAUAUACCCCUCUGAGAAAUUUCGAGUCACCGGUCGAUAUGAAAAUUUUGUUGAUCGACGAUAAUCCUGUGUUCGAGAGACCGAGACGAAUGUCCUACGCUGAUCGAUGCGUAGUGGACGAGCAAGUGACGCAGUGGCUGGCAGAAGGGAUCAUUAAAUCCAGUAUUUCCAACUACGCGUCACCAGUUGUACUUGUAUCCAAGAAAGAUGGAAGAAAACGACUCUGCUGCGAUUAUCGAAGACUGAAUAGAUAG